AUGGUAGGAAACAACACUGGUGACUUCAGGCCAUGUAAGAAUCAGGAUAAAAUAACCUUCAAAUUUGAGACCAAAGUCAUUCCAGUAAGCGUUGAAAAGGUCCCCGUAAACCUCUUCAAAUUUGCUGAUUUUGAAGAGAUAUUAAGCCCUUCAUUUGAUCAACAAAUUUUGGUUGAUGUCAUUGGCUCGCUUACAGCCAUAGGUACAGAAGUUGAGUUCUCACGAAAUGGAGUGCCUACAAAAAGGAUACAAAUUGAAAUUACAUCUGGAGGCCCUCACACAAAAUGUGUUUUGUUUGGUGAAUAUGUUGAAGAAUUGAAUGCUUUCCUGCAAGCUGGAAAUAUUUCCAAUGUUGUUGUUGUGCUCUUACUUGCCAAACUCAGGACAUUCAAGGAGAAAUUGAAUUGCAAAAUGCAUUCAAUUGCAGCAAACUACUGUUCAACCUGGAUCAUCCCAAUGUUGUUUGUCUGCGAAAAAAGUUUUGCCAUUAUUCAAAAAUCAGCCAAAGAUGUCGAGGCAAAUGUUGUUAAGGGGGGUGAUAAAUUGAGUAUUCCCCAAGAGAUUCGUGACAUAAUGCAUAAGCAACUCCUCUUCAAGGUCGAGGCUAAGGAGGAUUUUGGAGGCAGGUUUGAGUCUACAUACACGGUUAAAAAAAUUUGCAAGGAUGCAGACAUUAUUAUGAAGUUCAUUCACAAUGAGGCCAGCGGUUCUGAUAUUUCUGUUAUAGUUUUGAAAUCCCCGACGGAGCGUACAAUAUUCAUUAUAUAUGCCACGAUUAAGAAAAUUGAGAGCACAAAUGAUUGGUACAAAUUGUUGCUUAAUGUUGCUGAUGAUACUGGAUCUACAACGUUUACCACCGGGAGCAUGGAACACCCCCCACAAGAAAUUGUAGAUUUAGUGCACAAGAAAUUUCUUUUCAAGGUUGAAGGGAAGGAUAUAUGCGGAAGGUGGUUUAAUCCAGCAUUUAACGUCUUGAAAAUUUGCAAGGACCAACAAAUAAUUUCAAAAUUCAAAACAACGACAAUCACUAAAAAUGUUAAACGAAACACACCUACACCUAUACUUGAAGACUCCAACACACCUAUUAAACGUCGUUCAUAUGAAGGAUCCAUAACAGAAGUUGUUGGAAAUGAAAAUGGCAUUCUAACUGUUUCUGUUGAGGGAAUAAGUAUAACCACUGGUAUUAAGAAUGAGAUAACCAUAAACAAUGAAACAGAAAGGCUGUCAGCUAAAGAAAUCAGAAGAAUGAUUCAAGAAGCUGAAAAUUACGAGGUUGAUGAUAUGGAGUUCAAGAAGAACAUGAAAGCAAUGAAUGCUCUUGAUCGUUACCUUUACAAAAUGAGCAAACAUAUGAAAGAUAAGUGUGUCAGUUCUAAGCUUCCUCCAAUAGUCCAAGAUAAGAUCAAUUCAGCUAUUGUAAAGGGCCAAGAUUUGCUUGAUGAUGACCAGCAGCAAGAGACAAUCGUAUAUGUGGAGUUUCUAAGGGAGGUCAAGAGCAUUUUUAUACCUGAUAGCACUCCUCCACCUGCCAAAUCAAUUGCAAAAAGGACCUGGGGCAAGUUGAAGAAGCUUAGUUUGUUCAAUUUUUUUGGUACAUGA